AUGGGUAAGAAAGCUUAUGAAUGUUCUGAGUGUGGGAAAUGCUUCAUUUAUCAUUCUGUCCUCAUCUUACAUCAGAGAAUCCACACAGGAGAGAGGCCCUACACAUGCGCUGAGUGCGGGAAAAGCUUCAGUCGGAGCUCACACCUUAUCGGACAUCAGAGAAUCCACACGGGGGAGACGCCCUACACAUGCACUGAGUGCGGGAAAAGCUUCAGUUUCAGCUCAGCCCUUAUCACACAUCAGAGAAUCCACACGGGGGAGAAGCCCUACACGUGCUCUGAGUGCGGGAAAAGCUUCAGUCAGAACUCGGACCUUAUCAGACAUAAGAGAAUCCACACAGGAGAGACGCCCUACACUUGCUCUGAGUGCAGGAAAAGCUUCAUUCUUGGUUCAGCCCUUCUUAAUCAUCAGAGAAUCCACACAGGGGACAGGCCCUACGAAUGCUGUGAGUGUGGGAAAACCUUCAGUCGCCGAUCAGACCUUUCUAAACAUCAGAGAAUCCACAAAGGGGACAGGCCCUACGAAUGCCGUGAGUGUGGGAAAACCUUCACUAGCAGCUCAGACGUUUCUAAACAUCAGAGAAUCCACACAGGGGACAGGCCCUACGAAUGCCGUGAGUGUGGGAAAACCUUCAAUCGCAGAUCAGCCCUUUCUGUUCAUCAGAGAAUCCACACAGGGGACAGGCCCUACGAAUGCCGUGAGUGUGGGAAAACCUUCACUAGCAGCUCACACCUUUUUAGACAUCAGAGAAUCCACACGGGGGACAGGCCCUACGAAUGCAGUGAGUGUGGGAAAAGCUUCACUAGCAGCUCACACCUUUCUGUUCAUCAGAGAAUCCACACAGGGUACAGGCCCUAUGAAUGCCGUGAGUGUGGGAAAAGCUUCACUCAAAGAUCAAACCUUUCUGAACAUCAGAGAAUCCACACGGGGGAAAGGCCCUAUGAAUGCCGUGAGUGUGGGAAAAGCUUCACUCAAAGAUCAAACCUUUCUGAACAUCAGAGAAUCCACACGGGGGAAAGGCCCUACGAAUGCCGUGAGUGUGGGAAAAGCUUCACUCAAAGAUCAAACCUUUCUGAACAUCAGAGAAUCCACACGGGGGACAGGCCCUACGAAUGCCAUGAGUGUGGGAAAACCUUCAAUCGUAGAUCAGCCCUUUCUGUUCAUCAGAGAAUCCACACAGGGGACCGGCCCUACAAAUGCAGUGAGUGUGGGAAAACCUUCACUCAAACAUCAACCCUUUCUAUUCAUCAGAGGAGCCACACAGGGGACAGGCCCUACGAAUGCUGUGAGUGUGGGAAAAACUUCACUACCAGCUCACACCUUUCUAGACAUCAGAGAAUCCACACCGGGGAACAGGCCCUACGAAUGCAGUGA